CGAGCAGACUAUAUACUACAUAGGGAGCGUAGGCAUAAGUACUAAUUAGAGGCAGCAGUAGGCAGCGGUAGGCAGGGUAGGCCACCGUACCCCAACCCCUCUCUGUAGAAGUUGUAAUUGGCUAGGCACGUAGGCCGGAAACCCUGAGUCUCGCUCGCUACCAGUUGAGGUGCUUCAGCACAUUAAAAAUCUUCCGAUAAUAUUCAAAAGCCUUGAGAGCUUGAAUCAGAGAACUUUAAUGCGCUUACCGUCGGCCUGCUUGGCCGCUGUUUGUGGUGCUUCAGCACAUCAUCAUACUCCUGCAAGAGAUCAGAGGACGACGUGCCCAAACUUGUGUCCUAGUACUAGUAAUGGCGAACUUGUGGAGGCCUUCAUUCUCGGAAUUCCGACUGCGGAAAAUUCUGCGACUUCUGAGCAGUGUAGCAUGGCCUAUGCCCGUAUUCCUCCUGGUCAGCUGCUAUUUUGCCACCUUUGGCGAUUGAGCUUUACCAUUGAGAAGGUCCCCUACCCACAUAAUCAGAUGUGCCUUCCCCUUGUACAUUUGCGUCUCAAUAUUAAUAGAAAAAUCACUGCUGAGUUCCCUGAAGUGACCGAGAACUGACGAUUUGCUUGGAUUCAAUGAUCAUCUGGGAGCGUAGACACAUGCGCCGUAACGGCUUG